GGUCCUUCCUUUGCUACACAGGUGACAAGCACACGUUUACUUUACUAUCAAAAGGAAGAUGAGUGACCAGAACGGUGUACCUUUGGAGAUCACCCCCGUAGAGGAGGAGUUGAACCGUCAGCUGUUACGGGACUUUACAGGAGAGAGAACAGGGUUCCUUAGAGUUGGACCUCAAGGCUACUUCCUUCCCAGCAAAUACGCCAAAGAAGCUAAGAAUCUGUACAACUUCCAGCCUCGGUCCACGGAUACCUGGGUGGUCACCUUCCCUAGAUCAGGCACAACAUGGACACAAGAAAUGGUGUGGUUAAUUGCAAACAAGCUAGAUUUUGAAACAGCAAAACAGAUCCCCCAAACAGAAAGAUUUCCGUUUUUUGAGUUCAGCUUGUUUCUUCAUGAUGAAACCAAAGAAGAGUUCAUACAAGAGAAUGCUUCUGAUCCCAAAAAAGUUGAGCUGGUACAACAACUUAGCAAACCAGGAUAUCAGAUUCUGGAGGAGAUGUCAGGACCUCGCUUCAUCAAGACACAUCUGCCAUUCAGUCUGCUACCAAAGAAUUUGCUACAAGUUGGCUGCAAGGUGAUCUACGUUGCUAGGAACCCUAAGGAUGUUGCUGUCUCCUUCUACCAUCUCAACAGACUCAUCCGCACUCAGGGCUACAGGGGAGACUUUCCCAAAUACUGGGAUUACUUUGAGAAAAGCCUCAACCCAUGGACGCCAUAUUGGUCUCACGUGAAUGAGGGAUGGCAGCUGCGGAAUCACCCCAAUGUGCUCUUCCUCUUCUACGAGGAAAUGAACAAGGAUUUGAAGAAGACAAUCAAUAGAGUUUCGGAAUUUCUCAAUGGUGAACAACUAUCAGUUGAAGACACUGGCAGGUUGGCCAACUUUCUUGACAUUUCCAAUUUCCGCAAGAAUCCUGCAGUUAACUACCAACCACUCAAGGAAGCUGGAAUCUUGAUUGAAGGAGAAGAAGGAUUCAUUCGCAAAGGAAAGACAGGAGGAUGGGUUGAAGAGUUCACCCCAGAGCUCAGCAAACGUGCCGAUGAAUGGAUCAACAAUAACCUUAAACUCACAGACAUGCGGUUCCCGGGAAUGUGCGAUGCUUGAUUUUUAUACAAGUUCUUACUCUUAUCUCAUGAUGAAGUUUUAUAGUCAAAUUAAUUAGAAAAUCUGGCAUUCUUUCAUGUCAACGAUAUUUUGUUAUUCAAACUCUUUUUUUUACUAAUGUUUGGCACAGCACAAGGUUUGGUAUUCUUAUACCGUUUCAUUCUGUAUUUUUAGAACAUGUUCAUAACAAUAUAAAAUGAACUGACAACCCUAACAUAGGAGGCUACACAAUGGAUUGAACCUACAUAGUAAGAUUUGAUGAUAGUACAUCACAAUCUCAAGAGUACCAGUUUAUGGGGAAUACUGCUUCUGAUUGAAAUUAAAUAUUUUAAAAUAAAAAGUCUGAUGAAAUAUAGUUUUUCUUGUACUGUAGGCAUAUUCUGUUUUUGAAGAAUUUAGGCUUAGAGUUAAAGUGAUAAAAUCAGUAUUAUUACUUAUUAGUAACUUAGCUACGUCAUUACAGUACCGAAUUACA